CCCUUUCCAGAGGAUGUGGCCUUUGCCAAGCUGAGCAAGCUCAGACUCCAACCCUUCUGCUUGGCAGGCUUUCUGUCCGGUAAAUAAAGAGCUACGACAGAGUUUUCUUGCUCAGGCAGCCGAGUGGAUCGACGAUGGAGCUGUUCCUCUUGGGAGUCACCUUGCUGAUGCUCGGAGUUCCCGGGGCAACUUCUCCGCCGCUUGAUGCUCCGUCAGCCCUCUUGCCCCGCGAUGUCGCCCGGAUGGCCGUUGAGGACUUCAACCAAGAAGCUGAAGGCCAGGCGGUUUUCAGACUCCUGAAGCUCAAACACACCCACAAAGUGAAAUUCCGCUGGGGCUUCCACUUCAGCCUGAACUUCACCAUCAAGGAGACCCACUGCCGCAAGUCGGACAACUACAGGAUUGAGAACUGCAGAUACAAGACGAAGGGGCCCAUACAGGACUGCUCUGCUCAGGUGUCCGUGCUGAACUUCAUGCCAGACUCGCCGCUCACCUCGGUGAAGUGCCGUCCCUUGCAGCGGGGAAAUGGCCGUGGCAGCCGGAAAGCACAACCCAGCGCCAUGCUCCAGGCAGAAGAGCGCCAACCGCAGGUGCACGUGGAGGUCUAUUUGCCAUCGGCCUACUCGAUCGCAGCUCUGAGCGUCGCCGAAGAGGAGCCGAGCCGUCCGGCCGCUCGCCCCCACUGAGGCCCCGGACGCACCUCAAGGCAUCUCGCCCGCAUCACCAGCUUCUGCUAAUGCCUGGACCGUUUAGCACGGACUCACUGGCCGCGUCUGGCUGGUAGCAUAUGAGCACACCCUCCUGCUGCCCAAACACCACGGAAAUCCUAGCAUGUCUGCGGGGAUUCCUGACUCUCUUGAUCCUUUUAAAAAUCUGCGGUGAAGUCUUGCAUAUUCUAACUUCACCUUCCAGCCCAAGGACCCUCUCUUAGCCCAAGGGCAUAAAGCUGCUCACACCAGUCGCCAGGGGCUUCUCUGUGUGAGACAUUUAAUCCUCCACUUACUGCAUCUGGAAGCAGAUUCCUUGCAGGAUUAAAAUCGGCUCCUUUGUCCUUUUCCAGGGAUUUUUUUGGGCUUUCUUGUAUGUUUCAUUGCAUGAGCACAAGUAGCAGAAUUGCAAAAAUGCUCUGGUUAGUUUUUGCAUCAUUAUUAGUGAGAUAAAGCCUCAUUUUUCCUCAAUCUUAUUAAAAAAAAGGUGCUUGGAAAGCAGAGGAAAGACCGUGGAGGUUGACAAUGUCAAGUAAAUUAGCCGUGAACUACCAUGAGCUAGGAAUCACGAGCUUGGACACAAUAUCCCCUUGUAGAGAGAAUCUCCAAGGCUUAGGAAAAGUAUUUCCCAGCACCUGGGAAGCAGCCAAACAAUUGGUGGUCGAGGUGAAAGUGUUUGCCAUUUGGGGAAUUCAAGCUUUGACCUCCCCCCUGCCCAGCUUGAAAUUGUACACCUGAUUUACGAGUUCUUCCGUCAGUUUGUUUAUGUUUAGGAAGGUCUGUUCAGUCAUCUCCAUGGUCAGUGAAUCUCCAGUAAGGUGUUUGGAAUUCAGUUUGCAAGCAAAAUCUUCAGACUGAUUCUUUUCAACAAAGUUUAAUUUGUGGGUUCCAGGAGAGGAGCCAAUAAACAGGAAAUGUUGUAGAGAAAAAGACAAGCUAAGCAGCUCAACCAAAUUCUCCCCCUACUUCCUCUGUCUUUGUUUUGAAAAAUAGCAGCGCUUCACUUGGGAAGGCCCAGCCUAGCCAUAAGAUGGUCCAUUUUUUAAAAAACUUGCAGCUAAACUGAAUCUGCAACUUGAAAAUCGGCCUGCAAGACUGCACAGAGGUGCAUUGGUCCAGCUAAAAGUAGCUGUGGUUCAGUUGAUUAAUGAGAAUGAUUUUGUGUGAUGUAACCAAAAAAGAGAGAUGUAUUUUGCCAGAUUAUACACAAGAUGUAGCUUUUCAGACUGCAGUAGUGGUGCAUUUUGAAACUUAACCGCUGUCCAUAACAAGCCACGGCAAAUCAUUUGCAA